CGUGUUACUUAUCCAAUCACCUAGACGUUCUUACCAGGCCAUGUAUCGAACCAGACGUUACAGUGUCGGUCUGUAAAUGCAUACACAUGACACACGCCUGUUCUUAACGUCUGGGUGUUUAAAGAACCAUUAACAGUUUAAAAAAAAUAAAUGGGAUAAUCGUACGAACAAAAAAUAAAAAUCCGUUAAUCGAAUAUCGUACAGUAUCGAUCCACUAAGGGGUUUCACAUUACCGAUACAUAGAGAGGUAGAGAAUGAGGAAUUGUUAGCUGUGUACUGAUGCAUGAACAUUGUUCGAUCUGCAGGAUAAGGAAGGAGCAUUAGUUGCCUGUAUUGUGUCAAUAGUGUGAAAACAAACACAUAUUCGGACACACUGUGACAUGGAGAAGACCGAGCAGAGCAGUACCAUGAAAGCAAGGAAAGUAAACUACGAUGAAUUCUCAGGUACAUUCACAAUAGAGACUAGGUUAGAAGCUCUUAGACGUCAGGUUUUAACACACGCUCAACUGGUCAACGUGCUGAACAGAUCCCAGGAAGCCAAGCUCAGAUUUACAUCCAAGAAAAACCAACAGGCCAUUGAUAUUGUGUGUCGCCGACUUGACAAGGAGGGUCAGUUGUACAAGCAAACUUUAAAAGAAAGAUUAGCGUACUUGGAAAUACUCAGAGACUUUGCACAGAGAGAGACACACAGCGAUGACAUGACCUAUGCUGAUCUAUAUGACCUUGGCCUUUCACGAAAAGAGUUAAAAGAAAUGAUAGAGGAAAAAGUAAAAGAAUCAACGCCGUCUGCUAAGAGGCAGAAACUAUGUCAACAUAUUUUAAACACUAGAAGAUUAGUGAAAGUAUUUGACAGGACCAAGUCUACGUCAGCUCUGCUCAAGAUGAAAGACAGCAUCGUCAGUCGUCCAGUCACCGAACAGCAAGUGGUCACUCAGAAACCCACAGUCUACUCUCCAAGGGUCAGGGCAGCCAGACUGGUCCUCCCUCCAAUCUCAGUCAGCUGGUCAGAGGAGAAAACAAAAAGUAGGGUAAGGAGGAAGGGUCAACACGAGUUGAGAAGUUCGCCUUUUUUCUUGACCAACGAGCCUGCAGCAGACUGUCCGAAUUCUGCCAGCAAACUACCAGAGUUACAUUAAAGAAAUCAAAAUAUGCCAACGGCCCUGAAACUAAAGGUUAUCCGUGAGAGGCGAUGCCUUGAACAUUAUUGACAGUGUCAAUGACAUUUUUUUUAAUACAAUGUUAGCGAUUACAAAACACCAACCACAGGACAAAUAUCUUGGGCUGAAGUACACAAUAGUUUAAACAAACAAGCUUGCAAGAUUGAGAAUAGAAACUGUUAUUAUAAAUAUCACUGCCUCUAGUCAGUAUUAGACAUUCGAUUGUCACUUAUUGUUGAUGGUUUAUUUGUUGGACUGUUUGAUUUUUUUUCCACUCAGUGUUUAUUAUAUUGUGUACAUAAUCUCCUUAUAAUCAUUAUAGGUAUUGAUCUUAAACUACUCUCUCUUUUUUUCUAUAAUCAUUUUAUUCUAGUAAAUGUUUGUUAUAAAUAAACCUGCUUAGAAGUUUAUAUGUACAAAGUGUAGUUACAGAAUUAAAAGACUUUUACUUAAGUAA